AUGUGGGCCACGGAACUACCUAGGAAGCGCCGUGGCAGGCCGUCCGUCGCCAUUGCCCGGAAGGUUGCCUUGAUAAGUUGGGUAGGUGUCGGAACAGCCAGGCCAGACAAGAUGCUGAUGAAAUUGACGGUAGCGGUAGCGGACAAGAGCGCUGUGGCAAUUCGCCGGCAAGCCCCGGGGCUGCCGUUUACAGAAGCACGAGCGCUGAAGACGGUGCAGGCCCACCAACAAGGCUGGGCCUGCCUGGCUGGUCUGGAAGCUCCCGCAAAUUUCUGCCAAAGCCAAGUUUUCUUUGCUCAGUAA